AUGUCCUCUGACUCGAAGCAGUUAUAUUUUGUUUGGGCUCCGGACUACACGGACCCGGAGGCACUGUCCAGGCGGUUGGCUGUCCGGCCAAAACACUUGGAAGGAGUACGAGCGCUUGAAGAACAAGGGACUUUAAGAGCGGGAGGCGCUGCGGUAGUGCCGCCCGAGGAGAUUGGAAACGCCACUGAAAGGAAGUUUGUUGGGUCACACCUGAUUUUGGAGGCUGGAUCCCUGGGAGAUGUCAGGAAGAUAGUUGAGAAUGACAUCUAUUACCAGGGAAAUGUGUGGGACAGGGAGAAAAUAGUCAUUGCGCAGUAUCUGCCCUUGAAGAUCUAAUUCAAUUUGUCUCAUUUAAGGGGGUCAGCC